CAUCCUAACACGUUAAGCUGUCAUUUGUCGGAAUAUAUUAGAAUUUGCUGAAGGAGUGAUGGUUUAUAAUUUAUAAAACAGGCAUCAUUUGUAUUUCAGGAAUUCAUUUGGUUUUUGAAUAUUUUUUGGAUAAAAAUCAUCCAAUUUCAUUUUCUUACACUAAUUAGCACUAGGAAAUGGUGUGUGGUGAAUAACGUGAAUAUGGAAAGAAUCAAUAUUUUACUGAGGAAAAAAUCUGUACCUGUAUGAGGUUCCAUCCAAAGCACAGUUUGAGUUCCUAGUGUAGUUGUUAUUAGUUAGAAAAAUCAGCAUGUACAACAAUUAUCCAAACUCUGGUUAUCAGAGUGCAUAUCCCCAGUACCAGCAGAGUUAUGGUAGUGGUUAUAGCUAUCAAGGCUAUGCACAGUAUCCUAAUCAGACAACCCAGCCUAUUCUACCUGGAGAAGGCACAGUGACUUCUACCGAAUGGGGCUCGGCCACAUACACACCAACACAGAAAGAUGGGUUGUCUCCUCGAUAAUGGGACCGCCAGUCGCAGCAAAGGCUCCAGCAGAAAUAGAAAUGCGCAGUUUGAAAAAGUCACAAUUCAUUCAAUUAUUUCCUAUAUUCUUGUCGAACAAGUUGCUAAUAUACUUUUUUCAGCAGUGGCCCAGGAGAUGCAGCAACAGAAAGCUCAACUGACGAAGCAACGAGAGGAUUACGUUCGGAAAGCUUCUGUGUUGAGACACGAAUUAGAACAACUUCGAAUCCAAAAACAGGAACUUGUUGGAAAUGGCAGAUCGCCGGAUCGAGAGCUGGCCAAUAUUCUUAGGCAGAACGAUAAGUUGCAGGAAGAGAUCCAGGGCAAAAUGAAGGCCAUACAUAACGUCAUCGAGAUGUUGUCGAGCAUCAUUAAAGACGGGCAAUCGAUAGCUGACCUUGAAGCUUCACUGAUGAAAGCUGAAGCACCACAGCAGACUCCACCUAUAGAUCAGUCUCGCUCCUACUCUCGUUCAGAACUGACGGCUCAGCUCAGACAACAGAGCGAGGCACCAGAGUCCCCAAAGGACUCCAUGGAGAAAUCCUGCUACGUGCACUACGAUACCGGCUUGCACUGGUGUCGGUCUUGCGACGAGUUUCCGGAAACCGCUAAAGAUUUUCUUCUGCACUUGCAGGACAAAAAACACAAAGAAGCGGCGAAAGAGAAUGAUCACGAUAGUACUCCUUGGCAUAAGUUACCCGCUGAGCCAGUCCUACCGUCGCAUGAGGGCGCUCCUGUCAAGCGUAUCCCGAUCAAAGGUCUGCAGUUUUUCAUCUCUGCGCCAUCUUGGUAUUGCAAAUUGUGUGAUGUCUGGAUCGGAGAUUUGCAUUGCGCAUCCCAUCAUCUGAAGUCUCAAGCACAUUUUCAAAAUUAUGAGAAUUUCAUCGCCCAAAAUCCCCACUGGGAAAUGGAGUGGCUGAAAGAUCGCGAGAAAUCAAAGACUCGGCAAGUAGCAGCCCAGGAAGAUUCAUCUGAAUCCGACUCAUCCAAGCGUAAGAGGAAACGCAAAGAGAAACGUCAAUCCCAAGAAAUGUUCGGCACGAAAGACAAAAAGAAGAAGAAAAAGACAAAGAAGAAGCGUAGGCGUUCUUCUGAUUCGAGUAGUUCCUCCUCCUCUUCGGAUAGCACUUCCGAUGACGAAAACGAAGAUCGCUCGAAAAGCAUCCGGGUAGCCAUGAGGAACAUGAAACAGGUGCAGUCAAUAAUGGAGGAAGACUUGUCCGCAAAAUGGAGCGUAUUGGAAAAGCUCGUUGACGAGCACAAAAAGAAAGAAGUUCGCGAUUCGGAGAAACGCGAUAUUCCCUCUCCACCUCCUCCCCCGAUGCCCGAAGACCCGCUCAUCAACCAGUGGAUGACUGUGUCGCAGCCUCCUGCCAAAGAGAAACAAAUGCUCGAGGAACUGAAGGACAGAAUGAGACAGAAGCAAGAGAAUGAAAGAAUUAGGCAAGCCGAAUUGGAGCAGAGGAGGAAGGAGAAGGAGCGGGAGGAAAGAGAGAAAGCAGAAAGGAGGAAGCGCGAGGAGAGAGAGGCCGCGGAAAUGGCCGAGAAAGAGAAAAGGAAGCGCGAGCAAGAGGACAUGGAGAGGAUCAGAGAUAAGGAGAGGAACCAGGUGAGGUUCAAGACGAACUAUAGGAGGAGGGGAUCUCCUUCAAAGAGCGGCGACGAGGAAGAGCAACGACAUGAGAAGUAUUAUAGACAGGAGAGUACUAGGCAUGGAAGAGACAGUGAGAGCCGCAGUAACUACAAAAGCCACAAUUCCCGAAGUCGCAGCCGGAGCGUAGAACGAAACAACAGAAAGAGUUCAGAAAGAAGCGGCGACAGAAAACAAGAAGAAAGCAACGGAAAAAGUAAAAAACCACCAGGUCCGCCUAGUUACAAGAAACUUCCAUUCAUCGGAAGGAUGCCUCUGUUCAAGAACAGAGUGAAGGCCUCUGAAGAAAAAGAAGAGAUCAAGAAGCAAUCCUACGACCAGCCCCGUCGGACGAGAUUCGAACCGGGAAACCUACCCAGAGCUUUCAUGCCUAAGCCGGAAGUGGUUUGUUUCCCGAAGUUGUCGUCGAUCCCACCUCUGAACAUUCCCCCACCGCCACCUGUUGUUACGCAGCCUGUUUUGGCUCCUGCGCCCCCAAAGAUCACUUACGACACGGAGAAAAACGAGACUGCCGUACCGAAAGCACCUCCCCCGCCAAAGAUAGAAAGUGAACCGCCGAAACCGGUGAACCUCAGCGAUGACGAAGUGCUUUACGGAACUGAGGGGGUCGAUCCGAGCACCAUGGGGCAGUAUUAUCAGUCGUAUGGUGGCAUGAUGUACCAGCAACAAGAUAUGUACCAUUAUGAAAAUGAAGAACCUAUUCCGCCUCCUCCCCCUCCUCAUCCCCACGGCAUGCCAUUGGAGCCUCCACCACUACCGCCAGAUGACGACUUGGCUUUGUUGGGAAUAUGCGCUGAUGAUAUGGCUGCACAAUCUUUUUAAGGCAUAAUUGCUUUUUAUUCUAAUUGAUUGCUGACAUGGAAGUGUUUUUGAUUUUGAUUUUUUUGACUUUAAAAAAUUAUACGUUUAUUAAGGAA